GGGCAGGUGUUCUGGGGUGUCGGGUGGGGUGUACGGACCCUUGUCUCCCGGCCUUGUCCCAAUUGUCCCCUGUUCCUGGGUGAGGAGAAACUACAUGUAGGCCUAGAUGGUUAUUGUCAUGCUAUCCGUGGUGCGAUGGAUGCUCACGUACUCUGUUGUAUUGAAUUAAGAGAUAGACUUUAUCCAACCUUUGUUCCGGCUUACGACGCCUGGAGGUCCAUUCCCAAGAUGAUUCCCCUCUCUUCUGUUUUACUUACAGCAAGGACUAUCAUACAGUAUGUUGGGAUGUACAUGACGGUAAAGGCGGGGGCUGAAGGCCUCUCUAGCGCGGCAGAGAAUUGGAGGGCACCCCAGGUUCCACUAUCUUCCCUACAGUCUCCCGUGGAUUAUAUAAACACAGUCAUAUCGUUGGCAUCAGCGGGAGCAACGGCAUAUCAGAGCUAUAAGGGCAAGGAAG